UUGUGGGACAAGACCUGCUGUAUGCUCAAACCUCAUUUUCAGAAAAGAUAAAUGACGAAAGAAUAUUCCAGCGAAUGACAAGUAGCAAGUUUAGGGAAGCGCUGACCCAUUAUUUCACUGAUUGUUGGGAUUGAUUGUAAAACCAAAAAUGUAGAUUCUAUGUUUUUAAAAUUAAUUUCCCGCAUUAUUUAAAUUUUUAGGAUUUUUUAUUACACCUAAUCCCCCCCCCCUCCCCCGCCAAAAAAUGCAUCUUUAUUUUUUACAACUUGUGAUAAUUAUGAUAGACUUAUAAUUCGUUUGUUAUUAAAAUUGUGAUUGCACGUAGAUGGAUGGACCUAUGGACUGAAAUAUUUGUUACUAGCUGAAGGGCCCAGCGUUGCUCGUGGAAUUAUUUUCAAUUUCGAUUUUUUUAGUCUUAAACACGACCCAUGAGUGUCCACAAAAAAAUUUAGCCCAAUCGGUCCAGCCGUUUGGACGGCUAUAGACAACAUUUAUAUGAAUGUCUUUUUUAAUUAUGUAUAUUGAUUGAUUGAUUGAUUGAUUGAUUAUCUCUGUUUCAGAUCUAAACUAUCUAAAAUGCCUGAACCUGUAUCUUUUAGUUGGGCAGAAGAGGUGGAGAACUCAGAUAAAACUAUCCUUCCUCAGUCCAGGGAGGAGAUCAAAGGAGACACUAAGACUGUCACCGAGUUUGCGUUUAAUGAGGAUGGGAAGAAGGUGAAGAUUGUCCGAACCUACAAGAUCGUCAAGAAAAUGGUUCCAAAGGUAAUUGCAGCUAGGAAAUCUUGGCCUAAGUUUGGAAUGUCCAAGGGAGAUAAACCAGGACCGAACCCCCAGACUACUAUAGUAGCAGAGGAGAUCUAUCUAUCUAUUUAUCAAGAACAGUCGGCGCUUGACAAAAUCAAGGCUUCAGGAAACAAGGGAGUUGUCAAAUGCAGAAUCUGUAAAGAGGACCAUUGGACCACACAGUGUCCUUACAAGGACACCCUUGGACCACUCAAGGAGAGUUUGACCACCCCGGUUGACCGUGACGGUGCAGAUGGAGCACCCGCUGCUGCCCCUGCUGCCACAGCUGGCGGCAAAUAUGUUCCUCCUAGCAAGCGUGGAGCUGAAGGAAGGAUUGGGCUGGGAGAUACCAUGCCGGACCGUCGUAGAGAUGACACCGCGGCAAUCAGGGUGAGUAACAUAUCUGAGAACGCCCAAGAGAAUGACCUCCAGGAACUGUUUAAAAACUUCGGUCAUAUUGCCAGGAUAUUCCUUGCCAAGGACAAGGUUACAGGACUCUGUAAGGGAUUCGCCUUUGUUAACUACUACAAGAAGGAGGAGGCGGCGAAGGCGAUUGCUACCCUCAACGGCUACGGCUACGAUCAUCUUAUCCUUAGCGUGGAAUGGGCUAAACCCUCAACUGAUCGUUAAUUUGCCAUCUUAAAAUUAAAAAUUCCACAUUUAUUGUGUUUUGAAAUUAGGCAUUUGAUCUAUUCCAAUUUUACUAUAUAUAAUAAGUACAAUUGCUGCGCGCAGGCACAUUGUAUGCCUGGAUCCUAAGUAUAGCUUCAGUAAGGCAUAAACCAACCAUGGACGCUGAUGUAAAUUUACUUUGAUUUCUUUCUUAAUAGAUGACAUUCGUUUAAACAUCCAAACUCUUCUACCAAGUAACAUCAUCUGAAUAAAGAAUUAAAGAAAACACAGUAAAUUAAAGUGAGAGUAGUUUGAAACCGGUCAUUCCAAGGGAAA